AUUCAACUUUAGUGAUGUCUAUAUGUUCCCUUCGCCUUUCAUGCAAAUGAAGAGGAAGAUGCAAAAAGAUCCUUGGCAAAUGACGUCAGGUUCCGGUGACGAUAUUAACGGAGUUGCGGUGAUCAGGACGAGAAAUGGUCGUCGGCGGAGACUCGAAAUCAGGAGGUUGAAGUGUACUUGCGAAACAAUGAUGAACAUCACCAUAACGGAGAAUGGUGACGUUAACGGAAUUAUCUCCGGCGACGAUGAUCGCCGGGUGAAGAGUUUGCAAUUGAAGAACAAGGAGGGGAAUCUGAGUCUUCAGAGAUCGCUGGCAUUGUCUUCAUCAACGGAGACGUCCGAGGAAAACGUUGUCGUUUCGGGUUUUGGGGAGAGAACGUGUAAGAAAACUGACGAUUCACGGAGUUUUACGUGCAUGUCCCACGGGUUACUAUCGGUGAUCGGCCGGCGGAGAGAGAUGGAGGACGCCGUGAAAGUGGAGCUGGGGUUUAUGGAUAAAGGAGGUGAAAGGUACGAUUUUUAUGGGGUUUACGACGGGCACGGUGGGUCCCGAGUGGCAGAGGCGUGUAAAGAGAGGUUGCACAUGGUACUCGCGGAGGGGAUGGUAGAGGAGGAAGGAGGAAAUGGGAUUGAUUGGGAGAAAGUAAUGGUGGAGGGCUUCAAGAAGAUGGAUGAGGAGGUGAAUAGAGGGAGAUUUGGGGAGGAGAUGGUGGGGUCCACGGCCGUGGUGGCGGUGGUAGGGAAGGAGAAGUUGGUGGUGGCAAAUUGCGGGGACUCAAGAGCUGUGCUCUCAAGGGGCGGCAAUGCCGUCGCCUUGUCAUGUGAUCAUAAGCCUGAUCGGCCUGAUGAGUUAGAAAGAGUUGAAGCUGCAGGGGGAAGGGUCAUAAAUUGGAAUGGACAUCGCGUGCUGGGAGUUCUUGCCACUUCAAGAUCAAUUGGUGAUCAAUGUUUAAAACCAUUUGUGAUAUCCAAGCCAGAAGUUACAGUGAGCGUGCUGACUGAUCAUGAUGAGUUCCUUAUACUGGCUAGUGAUGGCUUGUGGGACGUCAUAUCUAAUGAACUUGCAUGUCGAGUAGUGAGGAGAUGUCUUAAUGGUCAGUUAAGAAGGAAAUCACUUGAGGCUGGGCAUGAAAAUCGCACAGCAGAAGCAGCAACAGUCUUAGUUGAGCUAGCAAUUGCUCGUGGCAGCAAAGACAACAUUAGUGUGAUGGUGGUUGAGCUAAGGAAACCUAGCACUUCUGUCUCCUAAUAUAAGUUAGAUGUGUUCAUACUGGGACUAUAAGUAUGCUACUGCAGCUUUCAGAUUUCUCUCCAGAAGUAUUGGAACAAAAGUUCCUCAAUCUGGAAACUAACAAGGAUUCAUCGAGUUUCAUGUCAAGAUAGAAGGUUCAUCUAAUCCACAGACAGAAAGUUGUUGCUCCUAAUGUAUCCCAAGAGUUGAGGAUCAUCAUGGUAAUGGGUAGAUUUGAUUCAUUUGCUCGGUGUUUUUCUCAGAAACAGACUCAUGUAAACAUUACUAUCAAUAGUUUUGGAUUCAAAAACUCAAAUUUGGAACACAGGUUACAAAGAGUUUGAUUAUCUGAUUAUAUUUCAAGUUAUCAGGCAAUUUACUUUACCAUAUGGUGUCAUGGACACCCUUGGAACAAAUACUGAUUCUCUUGCAUAUUUCUGGGUUGCAAUUGCUCAUGGCCCUUAGGUUCAUUCCGGAAAUUUAGACUUACAAAAAGAUGUUUUUUAAGUUAGACUGUAAAUAUGCGUAUGAACUAUGAAUUUUUAUUAAAGUAUCUUGAAUAAAUCCCUUCUUAUGUU